CUCAGUGAAAUAAAGUCUGUUUUCGAAAUUUUUCCAUUAUGGUCAUUACUCUAAAGUUUUUUGGCAUCACUUUUUGUUUUUGUUUUCAUUUUUAGUAAUUACUUCUGCUCAGUGCUCAGUAUCUCAGCUGGGAGAUGAUUUGAUUUUGUGCAUUUUAAGCAACAACUAAGUAACAAUUUUGAUUUUUAUUCUUAUAUUUAAACAUGUAUGUUCUGCCCUCCAGGAUAAUGAUAGAACUUUUUAGUAGACUAUCAAGUUUAAUUUAGUUUUUCACUUGUGAGAAAAAGGUUGAUACUAUAGACUAUAGCUUAUCAAGAGGAAUGUCACUACGACAAGCUAUAAAAUCUAAAUUUCGAUCUGAAAAACCUGAUAUAGAUAUUAUGCCUACUCCUACUAUUCUUCAUACAUACCCUUCAGAGGAACGACUCCUCGAGGAAAUGCCGGAUGAAUGCCCACAUCCUGAUAAAUUACCAAAUCAAGAGUCGUGCUCUGCAUGCUAUGAAUCUCAGCUUGCCCAGCUACAAGAACAGUUUGUUCAAAUUAUGCUUGAGAACCAGCAGUUAGUUAAUGAAAUAAAAGAUUUAAAAAGUCAAAAUGUGGCUGAACAGCUAAUGAAACAGCUUGAAAAAGAACGCGAACGUUAUAGGGUGUUGUCUGAGAAAUUGCAUGAUAAAGAAACAAAAGAAACAAGCUCUUUAAGCAGCAAAUCACCUAGGUUAAGAAGAUUUGCCCGUAAAGAAAAACAUACGCCUGAAAAAUCUAAAUUGCCUGAUAUUGGGGAAGGAUCAGGGACAACUGUUACUCCUGAAAAAGAAGAAGCAGCUGAUGUUGUUAAGGAAACUGAAGAAGGAGAAAUUGUCACUGAGCUCACACCAGUGCAAGGUGAAGCAGUUCCUUUUCCUUCGGUUGAAAGACCGCGAGGUCUAUAUGGCCGUUUUCGUGCAUGGGUGACUUCUCAAUUUUCUGAAUUAGUUGAAGACUUUUCUGAGCCUGUUGUUGAUGAUGAUGAUAGCGCUGAAGAUGAUUCUGAAGGAGAUCCUUUGACAGUUCGCAAGCUUAAAGACAACUUAGUGCGAUUUACCAAUGCUACAAAACCUGUCUCUUCUCUUGCUGAUAGCUUCGUAUCGUUGCUACGAUGGAAUUCACCGGGAACAACAUUGUUAGCAUUUUUUGUUUAUAUGUAUACUGUGUAUCAUGGUUGGCUUCUUUCCUUGAUCCUCUUCUUAUUUAUAUCUCAACUAACACUCAACUAUAUCAAAGGAUGGUUUUUGAGUCCGAAUGUUUCUAGGAAGCAGGAUCAUGAGGAAGGAGAUUUGGGGGUGUCUGAUAAGUUUCAACUGGUUCUUCAAGUAGCUAGAAAAGUACAGAAUAAAUUAGGUUAUAUGGCUGAUUGUUUAGAGAAGAUUAAAAAUUUGAUGUUAUGGCAGCAGAUGGAAGUAACUGCCCAUUUAUAUUUUGUGUUCAUUCUUGGCUUCAUUGCAUCAUGUAUUUUUUCUGCACAUCAGUUAUUCACUAUAAUGGGAUUUUAUAUGGGUGUUAAAUUCUUCAUCAUCGAUUACAUUUUUUUUCGAUUUCCACGAGUGCAACAAAAGCACGAUACAACAGCUAGAUUGUGGAAAACUUUGCCAACUGAUGCGCAGCUGGAGAGGAAACAUAAUAGAGCAGAAUUGGAUAAGCUGGUUGUGAAUCAAAGCAUUUGUAUUGGUACUUCGUUAUCAUCUGAAAAUCAAAAUUUUUGUGAACUUUUCAAUUUGCCAACUACUGAAACACCUCUUCCAGCUUGGCAUGGUGGCCGAAGAUGCACUCUAAUAAAUAAGGAUAAAUCAUUGACUGCUGCUUUUAAAAAUGGACGUCUGUAUUUGACAAACAGUUUUCUGUGCUUUGAACGUUCUAAGUCUAUCACCCCUAAGAAUUUAGUGUUAGCUUUGAGAAACAUUAGUAAAGUGGAAAAGGCAAAGCCGUAUCCUUGGAUUCCUGGUGGUGGAAUGGCUAUUGAAAUAACUAUGAUUUCUCCUGAAAAGACUUACAUAUUUGGCGCCAUAUUAAAUAGAGAUGAAACUUUGGAAAGCAUUAUAGAUGCGGGAUCAAAAGCAGGUUUAGCUUGGGCAUCUGCUUCUGCUAUCACAUCAAUGCAGUCAGAGCAUGAAGAAGCACAGCCAACUACAAGCACAAAGAAAACGACAUGAUCAACUCAUUGUAGCCUAUUUCACUCAUCUUUCCCAGUCUUGUUGCUUUCUGUGUGUAAUAUAAUCCUUAAAUAAGAGCUUCAGAUGUACAUUGAAUCAUCAUUUGCAUGUGAUUCAUAUUUUGAUAGAAUUUAAUAUUACCUUCUAUGAGCCCCUUUUUUGUCAUCCGCCAAGAUGGUUAAUGGAAUUUCCAUUUCUUGUUUUAGAUGAUUGUUGAUGUUCAUUAUUUUAAAUUCUUAUUUUUUUUUAUCAUCUGCUGAAUAAAGUCAUAGCCUGAGAUAUUUUUAGAAAUUUAUGUAAUAAG